CUGUCCUCAACGCCAAGUAUGGCGAAGAAAGAGUACAGAAAACAUGCCAAAUUAUCAUGGAUGCGUGCAAUCAAAAAAGUGCCGCAAUAUGCGAAGAAAAACAAAUUCAAAGAACUUGCAAUAACAACACUAAUAAAGUUUCACGAUGUAAAGUAUGAAAAAACCUCUGAAUAAAAGUUCCAUCUUGAAACUCAAUACUUUAGAACAACAUUAUUAAGAACAUGCAGACAAGAUUCCUUUUGUGGUGGAACUUUCAUUCGGACUUUAUUUCAAUCGCCAUAUAUGUUGAUCAGUGGCGUAGCCAGCUCGAUAAGUGGGGGGGGGGAUAUUCAUAUAUUCGUGUUCUGCAUUAUUAAUUUCUUUUGAAAUUGAUUGUUUUUACGGUCUGUGCAUACGAAUAUAUGAAUAUGCCUCCGACUUAUCAAGGUGGCUUCGCCACUGAUAUUGACAUUUUACCAACAUUAUUGGCCUAAUUUACUAUGUUGACUAUGCAAACUAAACCUGGUAAAAGCUUGAGUAUUAUAUAAUUUGCAUGAAUUAAUUGAUUACAGUUUAAUAAAGAUCGACACUGAAUUUAUGGCAAAAUUGUACACUUCCAGCAGGGUUUGUGGUAAGAUCUUACGAGGUCAUGGCAAGAUCUUGUAGGAUUUGUGGUAAGAUCUUGCAGGAUCAUGGCAAGAUCUUGCAAGAUUUGUGGCAAGAUCAUGGAGGAUCAUGGUAGGAUCUUGCAGGAUCAUGGCAAAAUCUUGCAGGAUUUGUGGUAAGAUCUGGCAGGAUUUGUGGUAAGAUCUUGGACCAUCAUGGCAAGAUCUUGCAAGAUUUGUGAUAAGAUCUUGGAGGAACAUGGUAAGAUCUUCCAGGGAGAUAAUGGUAAGAUCUUCAUGAUUCUUCUUUCAUGGUAUGAUGAUCUUGCAGGAUUUAUGUAAGAUCUUUGGAUAAGAUCUUGGCAUGAUCUUGCUGGGAUCUUGGCAGGCAAUAAGAAUAUUGUUAACAAGGUGAGACAUAUUGGUAACAAAUUUCUUAAUGCUGUUGAAAUUAGUGCACAAGAAGCUAUCUACUUAGUAAUGCAAAUGCCUUUGAGACGAUCGUCUCAAUAAUUCCAAUUUAUCAAUACAUCUGACCCACAUAAAAGAACAUUCUUGUUUUGUUAAAGUAUGGAUAAAAUUAAAGAACUUCCUCACCAUUCUGUUGAUAUUGAAUCAGAUAACAUUAUUAAAAGAUUGAGAAGACCAAAGGAAUUGGAAAAUUUAUGUCUGGCUGAUUUUGUGGCUUGGUUCAACUGUAAAAGUGACAGUAACCAAAAAAGCAAACUUAAAUCAAAUUCACCACCAAUAGAUGACUAUCUUACAGCGAGUAAUUUCGAUGAUAAUGUAGAUGAUCUUCUGAUGAAGACCAGGAAAUAUUUGAAAAUGAUGAAUAUGAAAUGAAAGGUGGAAUGACAUUCGAAGAGACAAAUACCAAGAAUAAUACGGUCAGUUCGAUUUAAUAAAAACAAAGAUUCAAAAAAUUAUUGCAGAGAACAGAUAAUGCUUUACACUGCUUGGAGAAAUGAAAACACAGAUCCUCUGAAAGACUUUGAAACUCACCAGGAUCAAUAUGAAAUUAUCAAAGAUGUGAUAGAACAAAACAGAAAACAAUACGAGAAUCAGAUAAAGAAAAGUACAAGAUAUUGAAAGUGAAGAAAAUCUAGUUGCUCCGAAUACGUAUUAUAGAGAUGAACAAGACAGAGAAAUUGGGUCGAAAGCAAGUGAACUAUUCGGAUGCUUGGAUCCUGGAAAAGAUAAACAACAUUCCCAUUACAACCUGAUAAAUGAUAUAGGAAAUACACUUCACUCCGUCUUUAAAAUUCCUGCAAACAGAGUAUUUAAUUAUUGUGCACUAUAUAGAGACAUAUUUAUUUAUUUAUUUAAUUUUGCCAAUAAACAUUAAAACACAGAAAAUACAUAUAUGGACAAUGGCAGGGAACAUGCUACAGCUUACGCCAAUUACAGCGGCCCUUACAUAUAAGAAACGACAUCACAAACACAUUAAACUAAUAACACAACACAAUACUUCACAGGACAGAUUACGGGACUUGUUACAGGACAAACAUAUUGAUUUCCAUGUUCUUGGAUCAUCCACGUCGUAGACCAUAACCCGUUUGUAAUGCUACUUUAUAGUACAUAAAAAGUCCAUUUUUUAACUGACUAAGGCUGGUGUUAUUGCCUGUCAAGUUCUUUGGUAGUACAUUCCACAUUCUGGUACACCUAUUUAAAUAGGACUUUUGGAAUGUGGUUGUCUUGAAGAAAAAUUAACUGGCCUGUGAACAGAUAUACAAACUUUAAGACUAUAAGUUACUACUAUGUCACAGUAUGUGUUAAUUGAAAGUACUGGCUAGUUUUCUUUGCCAAUGUGCGUAAUGCAUGUGUUUUGGGUAAACAUUGAGAUAAACAUAAAUGGUACUGUCAUGACUAAUGUCAAAUAGUACUGUCAUAAAUAGUACUGUCAUAAUUAAUUAUAUAUGCAUGAGUACGCCUGGUACUAUUAGAAUUAGGGUAUAAAUAGAGCUUUUGUAAAUAGACUUAGCAUCAUAUAUACUAGCUAGAAUAAAGAUAGUUACUCUCUUAUAAUCAUUACAUGGUGUCAGGAUGAACAAAUUUCGUCCACCAGAACCGCUAGUUUUUGAAGGCAACAUAUCUGAGCAAUGGGACAGAUGGAAACAGCAGUUUGAGUUAUAUAUUACUGCUACAGAAUCUGAUGCGAAAUCAGAUAAUAUCAAGACUUCAAUAUUUCUGACAUGCAUUGGCAAGCAAGGCCUCGAAAUCUAUAAUACAUUUACGUUCGCGAAUGACAGCGACAAAAUGAAGCUAAAGCCAGUUAUGGAAAAGUUUGAAGCAUACUGCAAGCCACGAAAGAACAUUACACUUGUACACCAUCAUUUUUUUACAUACCGACAAGGAGAAGGUCAGUCAUUUGAUGCAUUUGUUACGUAACUAAAGAAGCGAAGCUCGCAAUGUGAAUUUGCAACUUUACAGGACUCCUUGAUUAGAGAUAUGAUUGUCAUCGGAGUUAUGGGUAAUUCUUUAAGAGAGAGAUUACUUCGAAUGGAUAACUUAAGUCUUGAAGAUGCCAUAAAGUUAGGCCAAGCAGCCGAAGCAACAAGAAAACAUGCAUACGAAUUAUGCAGAUCACAGGAAAACCAGACAAUAGAAGCACUCAAGUUAAACCAAAAUAGUAUCAAGUCAAGAAUAACAAAGCAAGAAAACAAUGAGUACAUUUCCCAGCCAUGCAAAUACUGUGGUACGCUUCAUAGGCGCCGAAAGUGUCCAGCGUUUGGUAAAACAUGUUUAAAAUGCAAUAAAUUAAAUCAUUUUGCCUCGGUCUGUCUCUCAAGUCAAAAACGAAUUGACUUGACACAAGCCAAACUACAACAAGAAAGCGACAAUGAAGAAUUUUUCAUUGGGGUUGUUGAACAGAGUAAACAAAGUAAAGCUACACCUGAGGAAAAUACAAUGUCGCCGAAAGUUGAUGAGCGAGAUUGGUUCAUUUGUUUACAAUCAAAUGGUUCUAAAAUCCGAUAUAAGAUGGACACAGGAGCUCAAGCGAACGUCCUGCCAUUAUCAACAUACAACCAACUCAACAUCAAGCCCAUCUUAGAAAAAACUAAUUGAAAUUAUCAGCAUAUAAUGGAGGAGAUAUACCAGCAAUUGGGAAGUGUGAAUUAAACCUAGUAAACAAGAAUGAAAGUCACAAAGUUAUGUUCAUCGUCACCAACACCGAAUCACCACCACUUCUUGGACUCCAAACUUGUCAAAAGCUCAAUAUUAUCAAACGAGUAUGGGCUGUCAACACCUCAGAUCCAAAUUUAAUGACAGAAUAUAAAGACGUAUUUGGUGAAAUCGGCUGUUCACAAGGAGAGCAUCGUAUUAUUACUGAUCCUGAAGUUAAGCCCAUCAUACAUCCAUCUAGAAAAAUUCCCAUCUCGAUGAUGGACAAACUUAAAGCUGAAUUAGAAAGAAUGAAAUAACUUGACGUGAUAGAUAAGAUUGAUGAACCAUCUGAUUGGGUGAGUUCCUUGGUGAUCGUCGAGAAACCUAAUGGCCAAAUCCGCCUAUGUCUUGACCCAAGAGAUCUUAACAAAGCAAUUAAACGGCAUCAUCAUCCCAUGCCAACUGUCGAUGAAAUAUUAGCUAAGCUUGGAGGAGCAAAAAUUUUUUCAAAAUUGGAUGCGUCAAGUGGUUACUGGCAAAUAAAAGUCGAUGACGAAAGCUCCAAAUUGCUUACGUUCAACACGCCCUUUGGCAGACACCGAUUUAAAAGACUGCCAUUUGGGAUACACAGUGCAGCGGAAGUGUUCCAACUUUGGGAAAGAUAGUGAAGAGCACGACAAAGCCCUCAAGCAGGUCCUUGACAGAGUUCGAGAGUCUGGACUCAAGUUGAAUAAGAAGAAAUGUACCUUCAGAAUUACAGAAAUAACCUUUCUUGGUCAUCUUAUCUCUGCUGAUGGAAUCAAGCCAGAUCCUCACAAAAUCGAAGCUAUCCUGAAGAUGCCAACUCCAACUAGCAAAACAGAGCUACAAAGAUUUCUGGGAAUGAUUAAUUAUCUCGGUAAAUUCCUGCCAAAUCUGUCGAAAGAAACAGCACCACUGCGUCAACUACUCGAGAAAGAUGUCCAAUGGCGCUUCGAACAGCCACACGAAACAGCAAUAAACACGCUGAAGAAGAUGAUUACCAGCAGUCCAGCUUAUUAUGAACCGAAACUACCCACACGAGUCACCACAGAUGCAUCGAAAGCAGGCCUUGGAGCAGUUCUGGAACAGAACUAUGAUGGCGAAUGGAAACCAAUUGCAUUUGCCAGCAGAGCCAUGACUCAAUGUGAGCAACAUUACGCACAGAUUGAGAAGGAAACACUCGCUAUAGUAUUCACCUGCAAACGAUUUCAUGAAUACACUUAUGGAAAGCGGGUUAUAAUACGAUCAGAUCACAAGCCAUUGAAGGCAAUUUUUUCCAAACCGCUCAACAAAGCACCCCCAAGAAUCCAGAGAUUCAUGCUACGACUUCAGAAAUAUGAUCUUGGAGUUGAAUUUACCCCAGGAAGUGAGAUUCCUGUAGCCGACACACUCAGCAGAGCAUAUCUCAAUCAUCAAGUCAAACCAGAAGUUCCAGAACAAGAAAUUCGAUGUCACGUCCACUCCAUAAUCAAGAGUCUAACAGUGUCUAUGUCCAAACUAGAUGAGCUCAAGAGAGAAACUGCAAAGGAUGAAAACCUGCAGAAAUUGAAGUUGUUCAUUCGAGAAGGAUGCCCUAAUGACAAAAAGACAGUUCCAGAUGCAGUUAAGCCAUACCUAACCCAUCUAGAUGAAAUUUCAGAAGCAGAAGGCAUAAUGCUAAGGGGCAGUCGCAUCAUUGUGCCAACGUCAAUGAGGAGAGAGAUGAAGAGCCGGAUACAUGAAGGGCAUCUAGGCAUAGAAAGGUGCAAAGCUCGUGCUCGAGAAGCUUUGUAUUGGCCUGGCAUGUCUUCUGAGAUCACUGAAAUGAUUUCACGAUGCAGCACCUGUCUUGAAUUUAGACGAAAACAUCAACGAGAACCAAUGCAACCGUUGCCACCAGCAACUGAAGCUUGGACAAGAGUUGGAACUGAUUUGUUCACGAUCCAAGGCAAAGAUUACCUUUUCGUAGUUGAUUAUUACACCAAUUACCCAGAAAUUAGUCUUUUGCCAGACACCACCAGCUCCACCGUAAUCAAGCACGCUAAAUCGAUAUUUGCGAGACACGGCAUUCCGAGAGUUGUUAUAUCGGACAAUGGUCCGCAAUAUUCAAGCAAGGAAUUUCAAAAAUUUGCAAAGAAAUGGGAUUUUCAGCACAUUAAGCAAAUGGCAAAGCUGAACAGACAGUUCAAACAAUAAAGUCACUAAUGAAGAAGGCUUCUAGAGAUGAAGAAGAUCCAUAUCUAGCAUUGAUGAAUUUCAGAGCAUGUCCGGGUCCGGAUGGAUUACCAGCACCAGCCACCAUGUUGAUGAAUCGAAAGUUACGUACAAGACUACCAAGACUGAAGCAAGAAACAUUGUACCUGAACAAAUCAGUACUAGAGAAACAACAGAAACAGAAACAAUAUUAUGAUGUCAAGACAAAGUUCCUUCGUCCUCUUGCAGAGGGAUCAACGGUAAGGAUUCAGCAUGGAAAAAGCUAGAACUCCAUGGCACAAGUAAUGAAGAAGGCAGAUAAGCCUAGAUCUUACAUCUUACAAGAUGAAACAGGCAGAUUAUUAAGAAGAAAUAGGAGAGAUCUUCUGCGCACAGAUGAAAGCUUUAUCGGAAAAGGUCCACAAGAUUUGAGAGACAAUAAAGUGGAAGUGAUGGAACCAGCAACAUCUGAUACUCAAUCCACUGCUAUUGCCCAAGAACCUACGACGUGUUCUUCCAUUCCUCAACCUACAACGUGUUCUUCCAUUCCUUCAACGUGUUCUUCCCUUCCUGUUGCGGACCAGAAGUCCCCGUAUAAAACAAGAUCUGGUAGAAAUGUUAGACCACCUGCCUGGCUACAGGAUUAUGAACAUUAA